AUGGUCGGAAAUGUGACCUCUGGAUUUGGAACCAAUUCCACAACCCCGAAACCGGAUUUACCACCACCAUCACCGUAUGCCUUAUGGGUUCAAGUGGUUAUAGCAGUUAUAAUAGGAUGUUUAAUAGUGGCUACUGUUGUUGGAAAUUCUUUAGUGUGUAUUGCUGUCGGUAUUGUUAAAAGGUUACAAUCUCCCUCGAAUUUUUUAAUUGUUUCGUUGGCUGUUGCUGAUUUAUUAGUUGCGCUUCUUGUGAUGCCAUUUGCUAUGUUGCUAGAUAUAAAGGCAUCUUGGUUAAUGGGUGAUGUUGUGUGUGAUGUUUGGACAUCGCUCGAUGUUAUGCUAUGUACUGCUUCAAUUUUAAACUUGUGUAUGAUCAGUGUUGAUAGAUAUUUUGUUAUUACCAGACCUUUCCAAUAUGCCAUGAAAAGAACUCCGAAACGUAUGAGCAUAAUGAUUGCUAUAGUGUGGAUAGCUUCUGCUUUGAUAUCAAUUCCCCCAGUGUUCGGUUGGAAGGCUGAAAGAGGGCCCUAUACGUGUUAUAUUAGUCAAGAUCUGGGCUACCAAAUUUAUGCAACGCUGGGUGCCUUUUAUUUGCCUCUAACCGUCAUGAUAGUAGUGUACUUUAAAAUUUGGAGAGUGUCGUCGAGAAUUGCCAAAGCCGAAAAUCGAUCAAAAGUUGGAAGCUUUGAUAAAGGCGCUGAAUUUCAAGUUGGGCGUCAAUCUAAGGACAGUGGUGACAGUCACGUGUUACCGAAUGGAACCUUAUCUGUACCCGGCACAACCGAAGAAGAUGAAAUUCCGUUAAAAAAACAAAAUUCACGGCGACAUUUCAAUAUCAAAUCUCUGCUGCCAAAACCACAGAGAAUGAACCAUUCAAUGGAAAGCAAGGCUACAAAAACAUUGGGUAUAAUCAUGGGAGGGUUCACGCUGUGUUGGCUACCCUUUUUUAUUCUUGCUUUAGUUAGACCCUUCUGUGGCGCCAAUAGUGAGUUUUGUCACAUCCCCGACUGGUUAACAAGUGCUUUAAUGUGGUUAGGUUACUCAAAUUCUUUCUUCAAUCCUGUAAUUUAUGCUCGUUUUAAUAGAGAUUUUAGAACACCUUUUAAGGAAAUUCUGUGUUUCAGAUGUAAAGGAAUUAAUACUCGAAUGCGCUCAGAAAGUUAUGUUGAACAAUAUGGAAAAGACCCAUCGUAUAAAGACAGUCUGAAACCGCCAACGGAAACCGUGGUUCAGUACAACAGCCAUGGUCAAACUGUGGUUACCUUAGGAAAUGGUUCGGCCAAUGGACAGAGGGAGAGUAAAAUAUGA